AUUACGCCGGUGUGUGGUGACUGGUGAGUGGUGAGCAGACGAAGAAAUUUUAAUUGUAGACGAUAGUUUAUAUUCAAUUAAAAUACCUCUUCAUAUUCUAUCGCCAGUACAUUUAAACCCUGAAAAAAGAAAUGUCUCCCCCACCGUACUCCGACUUGGGCAAGAGGGCCAAGGACGUCUUCAACAAGGGCUACCACUUCGGCCUGAUCAAGCUCGACUGCAAAACGAAGACCGGCGGCGGCGUCGAAUUCAGCACCGGCGGCGUCUCCAACCAGGAGUCCGGCAAAGUGGCCGGAUCGCUCGAGACCAAAUACAAAGUCAAAGAUUACGGACUCACCUUCACGGAGAAAUGGAACACGGAUAACACUCUGGCAACUGAGAUAGCCGUGCAGGAUCAACUGUUGAGCGGCCUCAAGUUGUCUGGGGACAUCAGCUUCUCCCCACAAACUGGGUACAAAUCCGCUCGGGCGAAGUCUGCAUUCGUCAACGACCGAGUGGCCCUCAACGCCGACGUCGACCUCAAUUCGAACGGGCCGAUCGUGAGCGCGUCGGCCGUCGUCGGUCACCAGGGCUGGCUGGCCGGCUACCAGUCUGCCUUCGACACGCAAAAGUCCAAGCUGACCAAGAGCAACUUUGCGCUGGGCUUCUCCACCGGGGACUUCGUUUUGCAUACCAGCGUUGAGGACGGGCAAGAGUUCGGCGGCUCCAUCUAUCAGAAGUUGAGCCCGAAGCUGGAGUCGGGCAUCCAGCUGUCGUGGGCGGCAGGCAGCAACAACACCAAAUUCGGAAUAGGCGCUAAAUACAACCUCGACCAGGACGCCGCACUGCGCGCCAAGAUCAACAAUUCGAGCCAGAUCGGUUUGGGGUAUGAGCAACGUUUGCGCGAAGGUGUCACGCUUACAUUAUCUGCACUCAUCGAUGGAAAGAAUUUCAACACUGGAGGCCACAAGAUUGGUUUAGCAUUGGAAUUGGAGGCCUAAUUCGAAAUCCUACCUGUUCUGCAAUAUAUUAGAGCCACCACAUAUUUAAGCCUGCUGUCUUGUAGAUAUAUAAUUGUUUCAAAGGGACUUUUAGAAUUAACAUCUCCCCAUUCCACUUUUUUUCCUUCAAUCAGAAAUUAUGGUUUAUUAUACAAUGUAUAUAAUUAUGUUUGAAAAAAAUCUUAGCUGUUGUGCAAUGAUUCAUUCGGAAAUAGUUUUGGGAACUUUAAUAUUCAUGUUGAAUUCAAAUAUGGUUACAGGCAAAAUUGAUAUUUAUUAUUUUACACAGCUUUCAAAUUUGUGGGCCGCAUCCAGAUAAAAAAAAGUAUUCAAGUGUAAAGGAAAGGACAGUAAUAAAUAAUGAUUUACAGUU